ACUCACUUAUGGUGGGUCUGAGCAAGAGGCAGCAUCAUUUCCCAGGGGUUACACUGUAUGCAAAACCUUUCUCAACCUAUUGAUCGGAAGUGCUACUCUUUACCCACAUCCCCACUCAACUUCUUCUACUCAUUCAUUCCAGCCACACCCUCCUUUGUUGUCGUAGUCUUCCCAGAUGAUUCCAAGGAGAGAAAAGCAGGGGGUAAAAUUAACAGAACACUGUAAGAGCUUGGAGUAGGGACCCGGGACGCCACCUGUCAUCCUAGAGCUUUCUCUCUCGCCACCGGCAGCACCCACAGAGCAGUUUGGGGAGGCGCCUAGGGAGGAGCUCCAGCGAGCUUUGUUCUCAGCUCUCUGCUAAGCCAAUGAACAGGGCGCCAGGUGGCGAAAUCACUCGGUAGCCCAGAGUGAGAGCCCCGCGGCUGUUGUCCGAGGCGCGCGCGCAGUCCUGGGUUUGGGCAGGGGCAGAGAGGUCCAUGGGGAGGUAUAGCGCGCGCUCGGGAAGAGAGUACUACGCGCCGCUUGGAGCAGGAGCUGCCCCGGGUGCUAGGCGGAGCGUGAGCCUGCCCCGGGCCCUAAAUCUGGCAGGCCCUGGGAGCGCGCAGGUUCGAGCGAGCCAAUAGCCGGGUCUGAACUUCGCCUGGAGCAUUGAGGCAGCAGCAGCCGCAACCACAACUACGGCGGUGCUGAGCCUUCCCGCCCGAAGCGCGUGCUCAGCCACAGACUGGGAACAAAAGAAGCUGGCAUGAGACUGGGAAGCUUGCAAAAGGAAAGUGAAAGCCGGCCUGGGCUCUCCGACGCUAUGGCUGGCUGAGAGAAACUGAGCGCCUGUCAGCCAGUCCCCCAGGCGGGGCCGAGCGUCAGGAGCUAAGGAAUGCGGAGUCCGGCGCCGGCUUCCCAAGCCUAGCUUUCCCAGACAGUCCUCGUGGAGACCAGCCCCGCAGCCAUGGCCAUAGCCCACCUGGCCACGGAGUACGUGUUCUCGGACUUCCUGCUCAAGGAGCCCACUGAGGCCAAGUUCAAGGGUCUGCGCCUGGAGCUGGCGGUGGAUAAGAUGGUCACUUGCAUCGCUGUGGGACUGCCCCUGCUCCUUAUCUCGCUGGCCUUCGCACAGGAGAUCUCCAUCGGUACACAGAUAAGCUGCUUCUCUCCCAGUUCCUUCUCCUGGCGUCAGGCUGCUUUUGUGGAUUCCUACUGCUGGGCAGCAGUUCAGCAAAGGCAUAGAUUGAACAGUGAUUCAGAAAACCUCCCACUAUGGCUCCAUAAGUUUUUCCCUUACAUUUUGCUGCUGUUUGCCAUCCUGUUGUACUUGCCUACUUUGUUCUGGCGUUUCACUGCGGCCCCUCACCUAUGUUCGGAUAUGAAGUUUAUCAUGGAGGAACUUGACAAAGUUUACAACCGGGCCAUUAAAGCUGUGAAGAGUUUCAAUGGGGUUGAUGUGAGAGAUGGCACCAGCCCAUUUGUGGGUGUGAAUGAGAAUAUUGGGCAAAGUCUCUGGGAAAUCUCUGAAAGCCAUUUCAAAUACCCAAUAGUGGAACAGUAUUUGAAAACAAAAAAGAAGUCGAAGAAUUUAAUAACCAAGUACCUCAUUUGCCGGUUUGUGACCUUCAUAAUUAUACUGCUGGCCUGUGUCUACCUGGGCUAUUACUUCAGCCUGUCCUCCCUGUCUGAUGAGUUUGUCUGCAGCAUCAAGUCAGGAAUCCUGAAGAAUGACAGCACAGUUCCAGAGCAGUUUCAGUGUAAGCUCAUUGCAGUCGGGAUUUUCCAGCUUCUCAGUGUCAUUAACCUGGUGGUUUAUGCUCUUCUGGUGCCCGUGGUUGUGUACACAUUCUUGGUCCCCUUUAGGCAGAAGACUGACGUUCUCAAAGUCUAUGAAAUCCUACCCACCUUUGACAUCCUGCACUUCAAGUCAGAAGCAUACAAUGACUUGAGUCUCUACUAUCUUUUCCUGGAAGAAAAUAUAAGUGAACUUAAGUCCUUUAAGUGUCUUAAAGUCCUGGAGAACAUUAAAAACAACAGUCAGGGGAUUGAUCCCAUACUCCUCCUGUCCAACCUUGGAAUGAUCAAGACCGAUGUCAUAGAUGGUAAAGUCACGAAGCCUGCAGACAAAAAGGGAGAAGAACCUGGGACUGAUGGGACGGAACUGAAUGUUUUUACAGAUGAGGAUAAAAGUACUGAAGACAAAGCAAAUAAUGAAGAGAAGAAAAUUCGCCAGAGACUUCUUUAGUCUUCACAAUGACCCUUUCCUUCUAACUUUCAGUGUUGUGACUUUUAUGAUGAGUAGCAUCCCAAUUAUGGUGCAAGCCUUGUUAAUUAGAGAAAUCAAAGGAUCAGUCUACUACCCACCUUGGAUUGGUCCCAGCUCACAACAGGAGCACAUUUGGUGAGGCUGGUGAGGAACUGAUCUAGUGUCUGCACUGGGAUGAUGAGCUCAAAGUUUCUCAGUAUUGUGAGCAAGUGGACAGGUAAUGGUGGUUUGAGAACAUCUUGAAUAGAUUACACGAGAGUUAAGCAGACUGUCUCAAGCAUAACUGCCAAAACCAUUUUAAUACAUACAUAAUAAAAUAGUUAAGCUACAUAAAGAAGUGGCACCAGCAAGAGAUCUUGGAGGAAAGCCUUUCAAUGGGAGAUAAUGGUGACAGAUUUCAGAUCAACAAGAAGAUACGGACUUAUAACAGAUAAGAAUGAAAUUAGGAUAUCAGGGAAUAUUAAGCUUCUAGGGUACUUAAUAAUCAGUGUUGGAUCAUAAAGCAAUUCUACAAGGUAUUUAUGGAUGGCAAAUGGGCAGAAAACCUGACUUCCUCCAAAGUGUCUUAUUUUAGAGAUAAUAAAAAUUAGAGUCUAUUGUUAAAGUUUUUUGUAUUAUUUUAUAGGUGUUUUGGUCUCUUGAAUUGAAGCAGUUUGUAGAUCAGACCAGUUAAAUGCCUUCAGCAAAGGCCUGGGUUUUUUUGUUUUUUGUCUUUUGCAACAAAUAUUGUUAUAAAACAUUUAAAUUAGGAAGUCCAAGGUGUAGGGAACACUAAUCUGAAAGAGUCUAGUUAAAAUAGAGGCAAAAAUAAUUUAUUAAGCCCACAUCUGGAUAACUUCAAAUAUAGCCUUGCUUUAAAAACCCUAGCAUAGGAAUCCAAACUGACAAAG